AUGUUGCGAAUAUCUAAAUUAUUACUAAAUAAUAAUUUAAACUAUUAUGGUGUGGCUAAUGUCAUUAAUGGUAGAACGUUUAAAAAUUUCGGCCAUAAAAGACAACCAGUACCUCGUAUUACUGUAUUGUGGCAUGGAUUUUUAACAUUUUCUUUUAUUGGUCUUGGAAUUGAAUGGAAAAGGAUUGGCAGAAUGAUAUUUGGUGAAGAUUUUGGGAAAGAAACUGAAACAUCUCCAUUGGAGUAA